AUGGAGCACCCGAAGAGCGCGACUCCCCGGGCUCACUUCGAGCCCUCCACCGUCUUCAAGCCCUACGAUGUCCUCGACGACACCGCCAAGGCCGGCCUCGUCGGCGGUGCCAGUGGUCUCUUCAUCGCCUCGAUCCGCAACGCCCUGGCAAAGACAAACGUCGGCGCCCUGAGCGUCUUUACCCGCGGCGCCCCCAUCAUUGGCCUCGCCACUGCCGCUCCCGCCGCCUACGUCUUCUUUUCCCGAACCGCCAUGAACCUCCGCGAGGAGAACGAUCCCUGGUCGGCCGGCUUUGGUGGUUUCAUGAUGGGUGCUGUCCUGGGUCUUCCCUCGAGGAGAAUGCCCGUCGUCAUGGGCCUGGGUGCGUCCGUUGGUGUUUUCCAGGGCAUGUUCUACUACCUUGGCAACCGAUACGACACCUUCAAGAAGGAGGACGAUACUUUCGAGCGCAAGGAGACGGCCCGACGGACAACUCGAUUGCCGCUUGAGCAGACCAUCUCGGAGAUUGGCGAGGGCCGAGGUAUCCAACCCCCCGGAUACGACGAGCGGAGGGCAGAGCGCCUCAAGGAGAAGUACGGAUUCGAGGUUAACCCCGUCAACGCGACUAUUGCCGGUAGCCAAUGA